AUGUCACAUUGCUUUUUGAUUUCUUUUAUUUUUUUUAAAUAUCUACUUUUUGAUUGUGUUGUUUUAUUAGAUGGAAAGAAUGACAGUUCAUUUGUAUCACAAUUUAGUUUGGAGGAACAAAAUCAAAUCAUUCAAAGACAUAAUGAUUUAAGAGGUGCUUUAGCAUUAGGAUUAUUUAAUCUUCCUCAAAGUAGUAACAUGCAAGAAAUGAUUUAUGAUUCAAGUUUAGAGGAGUAUGCAAAAAAUCAUACAAAUAAGUGUAAUUUUGAACUUUCAAAUAUUGAAGAAUAUGGUGAAAAUAUUUUUAAAACCAAUUCAUCUGAAGGACCAUUUUUUUCAUUAUUAAUUGGACUUAACGUUUGGUGGGAUCAAAUUAAACAUGUUAAUUCAAAUAUAUUUACUAAUAAUGAAAAUUCAUUAAAUUUUGCGCAAAUGGCAUGGGCAACAACAUAUAAAGUAGGUUGUGAUGUUAAUGACUGUGGAAAAUAUAAACUUUCUAUGUGUUAUUAUUAUCCUAGAGGAAACAUUGACAAUAAUGAUAUAUACAAAGCUGGACCAUAUUGUUUAUGUUCUUUGAUAAAUAAACUUGAAGGUACAAAUGUUACUUUAACACCAAUAAAAGAAAACAACCAAACUUCACCUGAAAAUGCAAUAUCAAUUGGAGGUAUUGGUGAUGGAUUGAUUAAUACAGUUCAAAAUGGUAUAAAUGAUGCUGGUUCAUUUAUAAAAAAUACUUCAAGUAACUUAAUUUCUCAUGCUGAAAACACCGCCAAUGGUCUUUUAGGUGGUGCAACAGGUUUAAUUAAUAAUGUUGGUCAGGUUGUAGGAAAUAUACCUAACCUUAUCAAUGGGACAUUAUUUUUAAAUUCAAAUAAAACUGAUAUGAUGGUUAAUAAUUUAACAGCAACUUUAAAUGGUCUACAAAAUGGAACACAAAGUAACUUAACUAAUGUAAUAUCACUAUUAAAUAAUGGAAUGACAAAUGGAAGGGUAGUUUUACCAACAUUUAAUGGUACUGUUAAUUUAUUAAAUACAUCCUCAAACAUUGUUAAUCAUUUAAAUAAUAUAACAGAAAACGGUUUAAAUAAUUUAACAAUAUUAACUAAUCCUCUUCUUAAUCAAACAAUAGGAAAUAUUUCAGGUACAUUAAUACAAUUAACUAAUGGGACUGGAAGUUUGGUUACUACAACAGAAAAUAGUAUAAAUAUUACAAAUACUAAUAAUCUUAAUGUAUCAAGUAUAUUAACAACAACAAUUACUGAAGAUUUAUUAAAUAAAACAACAAAUAUUUUACUAAGUUCAACAACUCCAAAAAUUGGAAACGAGACAGUUAUUUUAGGGUCAUCGUCAAUUUCUCCAACAAUGAAUGUAUCGUCAACAACUGAAUUAAUAAGUAUUAAUGUUACAACAACUAAUGAAACUACAACAUUAUCACCUAAAGAAACAACAACAUGUGAAUGGGGAAUAAUAUGUAAUAAUAAUGUUCAGGUGACAAAUCAAAUUUUAGCCAAUAUUAUAACAAAUUCAUCAAAUAUAAAUAAUUCAUCUUCAAUACCUGAUAAUGGUAAUUGUAAAGAUUUACAAGAUAAUUGUGAUCUUAUGAUAUUAUUUUGUUCAUUUAUUAUGUAUCAACCAUUUAUGUUUAAAACAUGCCAAAAAACAUGUAAACAAUGUUAA